AUGAGCUCGGCCUGGGUCACUUCUUUCGAAAAGGCGCGUCUGUGGAUGUACCUGCAGGCGCUCGGCUUCGAUUCUUGUCUGGAGACCAUAGCCUGUGGAAAUACCUUGUCACACACGCACUUCGGAGUAAACAUGUUUGACAAGCUGAACCGUGAUGCCUUUCACAUAGUUUCUUAUUUUUUGUUUCAAACACUUGACAAGUCUCUCACCAAAGAAGUUUUCAAACAUUGUUGGCCUCCAUUUGAUCAAAAACGUGAUGUUGAAUUCCGAAAACUUUUCUGUGAAUGGUUAAAAAAGAUUUCUGCCGAAUGUGGAAGUAGCUUUCCUCAAGUUGUUGGUUCACUAUUUCUAUUUCCGGUUGGUCCUAAGUUUACACAUAUAAUGUAUCAUUUUGCAAGAUUUGUUGCAGUAAAAUAUAUAAAAACCCAUUCUAAAAAUUCUUCUGUACGUUUUACAGAGACAUUUAAUGUGAAACCACAAGAUUUGCACAUAUGCCUUGCCAGAUGCCUUGUAGCACGUAAUAGAUUUUUACAAGUUUUGCAAAGAGAAGAUUGUGUUACCCGAAAAUAUCAAGAAAAUGCACAAUUGUCAGUUAAACAGGUACGAAAUUUGAGAUCAGAAUGUAUGGGACUGCAAAACCAAAUAAACAAAAUGGAACCCUGUGAUGACCAAAGUAAUAUACAAGAGAAAAUUCAAAAGGUUCGGUCUUUGUGGACUUCAGUGAAUGAAACACUUAUGUUUUUGGAAAAAGAGAGAGAAAUUGUUAGUUCAGUCCUUAGUCUUGAUAACAAUUAUACUUUAGAUGGAACUAACAUUACUAUCAAUAUUCCAGGCCUCUUACUUGAUAAAAUUGAGAAACAAGUGUGUCAGUUGCACAUAGGAAAUAUUUAUGAGGCUGGAAAAUUGAACAUCUUAACAGUUUUUUGGUUAUUAAAUGAAGUCUUGAAAGUAAUGAAAUGUGAAUGUUGUCAGACUGACCAAGCAAGACUGACAGUAGACCUUCACUUCCUUGAAAAAGAGACCAGAUUUCAGAGAGAAAGACUGUCAGAUCUGAAGCAUAUGAGGUAUAAAAUAACAGAAGAUCUCAAAACUAUAAGACAUUCUAUUGUUGAAAAACAAGAAGAAUGGCAUAAGAAGUGGAAAGAGUUUCUCGGCCUGUCUCCUUUCAGUAUAAUUAAGAGUUCUACUCCAGCUGUGGAUCUUUUACCGCCUAUGUCUCCACUUUCGUUUGAUCCUGCCUCAGAAGAAGCAUAUGCCAGGAGCAUUCUUUUACAGUAUCCUGCUUCACUUCCAGUUACACCUAAGCAACAUAUCCAGGAAAAUAAUUGCAGAAGAGUAAGUGAUACCCUGGAAACUAAAUCUGAUCCAGCCAACAGCCCUGCUUCUUUCCUGUUACAGCCGGUUUCACCAUUAGGUGGAGACAUUGUUACAUUACUUGAAAAGGACACGAAGUUGAUAACUCUUAGAGAGAAAAAUGAAACAGUUCCUAAGAAAACACCAGAAUUUGAAGUGGAAUACUCUUCAUCAUCAAAUAUUGCAAAGAAUACAGAUAGUAGUGCAUGUGGAGGGUCUCUGCCAGCUAAAAAAAGCAGUCCAUUCCAGAAAGAGCAAGAUCAUCUGGUAGAAGAGGUUGCAAGGGCAGUUUUAUCUAAUUCACCACAGCUCUCUGAAGGAAAAGAAGUAAAAUUAGAGGAACUAAUUGACUCUCUAAUUUCUAACCCGUUCAUAACAAGGAGUCAAAUUCCUCGAACUCCAGAAAACUUGAUAAAUGAAAUUCGGAGCUCAUGGAGAAAAGCUGUUGAAAUAGAAGAUAACAGAAGUACAGAACCAAUACAAGUGGAUACUGAACAUAGAGAAGAAUUGCCAGAAUCCUUACCUGUGGUGCAUAAUCAAAAAGAGUUUAGCAUGGCCAGUUUCUUGUCAGCAGCCACUGUAUCUGAUUCUAGUCAUUCUCAUUUGCCUGAAGAGAAAGUUGUUUCAGAUUGCCUUGAGUGUGUGCCUCAGAAACCUGUGGUGACCACUUGCAUAGGUAAACAAACAACACAAGAUCCAUCAGAUUUGUUAAAUAAGGACAUAAUUUGUAUACAAGAUUUGGACUGUACAACUUUACAGAACAAACUUUUAGAAACUGAACAAAUAGAGACAUUUUCCCCUGCUGUAGGCAAUAGAAGAAAUGUGUUAGGUAGCAGUGAAGAAGAUAAUAUUAAAAUAUUAGACCAAUCGAAAGCUUCUUACGAAGACUUUUCCAUGCAUAACAGUAUGUUAUGGAACUGUUUUCAGGUAUCAAGUGGAAUUAGUUCCAGUUUUAAAGAUGGUGAUUUUGGCAUAUUACAUGAAACUCUUCCAGAAGUUGGUCACAUAAGUCUUAUUAGCCCCAGUAGUACAGAGGCCACUUGUGAACUGGAACCAAAUAGUCCUAUGCACAGUGGCAUUUUCACAGAAGAUGUUGUGGGAGAAAGACAGACUACUCCAGAAUCAGACUUCAAUUUACAGGCUACUUGCAGGGGAUAUGAGGCUCUGAAGAAUUCUCCAUCCAAGCAAAGGGAGGAAAUUUACCUCUCUAAUCCUGAAAUACUUGAAAGACACAAACCAGAAUUGAACCUUACUCCCCAAAACAUGCAGACUGAUGAUAUGUUUAAUUUUUGGGGCGUUCAUGAUUUGCACAUUGAUUAUACAAAACCAUCUUCACGCAUGUCCCUUGGUGAAAGAAAACAGUCUCUUUCACCACUAAUUAAGUUUUCUCCAGUGGAACAAAGAUUGAAGACCACAAUACCAUGUAACCUUGGAGAACUUCUACCUAAUUUAACAGAAGAAGAAAUCUUGAAUAAGAGCCUUGAUGCAAAAGUAUCUCCAUCUGACUCGACAAGAUGA